AUGGAAAGAACAAAUAACUCUAGCGACAUGAGUAGAAGAGCCGGGGAAUUUUUAAGGCGACUUAACAGGUUCGCUGAUGGUCCAUUGACGAGAAAAAAGUUAGUCCUUAUCAUCCUAGUCGUGAUAUUUCUGCUUCUUUAUGUCGGGCCAACUAUCAUGAACUCUCUGUUCAACAGGGAGGGUUCUCUGACAAACAACCAAAAUAUUUGUCACCGGAACUUUUUAAACCCUUUUCAAGAAGCUCUUAAUGAAUACGAUGCAUAUUUACGAUUGGAAUCUGCCGCCACACUGUCGACUUUGAGCCACAACUAUGUGCCUUAUGUAGGGAAUGGAGUUUUGGGAUUAACAUUGGAACAUGAUUCCUAUUUGAAUAUUAAAUAUGGAAGAACUUUGUCACUGCCAGUAUACUACCAUCCCCUCUACAUAGUAGAUGAUCUAGAUAUGAAAGAAUCAACAUUAGUUGAUUACAAGAAUGGUAUUGUACAUAGAUUUCAAUGUAGCAGUACUGGGAUACAUGUUUCAUAUAAAUAUUAUGCUCACAGAACUACACCAUCAUUAUUUGUACAAGAAAUAUUAAUAAAUAAUCCUCUAAAUGCUCCUAAAACAAUCCACUUCACUAUACCGAGACUCUCUGAUUGGCCAACAUCUGUAAAGCAAGUAAUUAAAUUGCAUCAAGGUGUAGAUGCUAAAGAGUACGAAGUUAUCACGGGCAUGAUUGAUUUGCCAGAAAGUGAGAAUGUAAUCGCUGUGUCUGUAGUAUGUAGGAAGAUGAACAAUGUUAUACAGAUUGAAGCUAGGGAUGGCGUGGAUCUUUUAAUUCUUACAACUGUGCAAUACAGUAAACCAAUAAAAAAAACAGAUUAUGCUCAACAAAAAGAUAUUGUUGAGAAAAAAGCUAUUGCUGAAAUGGAGAAAGUAAUAGCAAUGACUGGUGAUAGAGUUGCCGUGAGGAAAUUACGAGAUAGUCAUUCUACAGUCUGGCAGGGUUUGUGGGAGACUGGCUUCUAUAUAUCAGAUUCUAAAGCCGAGGGUGUCAUCAACGGUGAUCGCAUUAAUGCUACCAUAUAUGCUAUUCUUUCCCAAGUAAGGAGCUAUGAACACGAGGAACACAUCAAACCAGCCACCAAGUCAGAGAUAUUAAAAACUCUAACAUAUUCUGAAGGUUGUUAUGAAGGUUAUUCAACAUUGGAUGCAUUUAAUUUGUGGAAGCCUUUAAAUUCACUGUCUAAUUUAAAUAAUGUAGCAAGUAGGUGGCUGCUAACAUUAGAAAAACAAGGAUGUCACAAUCUGCUUAAGGCUGGAGCAAGUGGUGUGAACCAGGCAAUGAUACUUAGUUUUGGUAGUUUAAGGUUUAGCAAUCAACACCUCGAGUACAAUAUCCAUCCAUCAAAAUUGCAUAGAGACUUUUUGUUUCGUAGAGUCAACUAUGGAAACAGGACCCAUGUCAACAUAAGUGUUAUUUUACAAGAAGAUAACAAGGCUGCUAUAUUUGUGGCAUUAGAUCGCUCCGAUAAAACAUAUUAUGCCUGCGAUGCUGGCUGUCUUGAUUCACCUGUCCAAUUAGGUCCCUAUAGAAAGUAUUUCCCUGUAAAAUUAACGGAACCAUUGACAGCAAUUCUGUACAUAACAGCUGAUAAACAGCAUAUGGAGGACUUACGUCAUGCUAUCCAUGUUCACGAGGUGAUAGAAGCACCGGCGCAUGAGCACCAUGUAAUAGCCCUACACAGACAUGGCACCACUUUCGGCGGCCUAAACCCAUUAGUGUGGGCAUCUAUAAUAAUUUUAAUAGUUAUAUUUCACUUAUUCCUCUGUAGAAUCAUAAUGAAUGAGUUCUGUGAUAGCGGCACAAAUAUAUCUUACAAGAGGUUGUAUAACAAGGCUUAA